CUCCACAACAACCUCCCCAUCAACAUCAACAAUUCAUCAGUCCCAUUCAAUUCUCCAAGUACCCAAGACCGACUUUCCCUUAUCAUCAAUCCUCAAUUCCUCCCCCCAUCUACCAUACUAUAGCUUCAAUUGAUCACAACCCCUUACUUCUGCCCUAUAUCUACCAUUACAUCUCAACAACAAAACAGAAUCAUCUGCUGCUGCUGCCGCAGCCAUACCGGAGAGAGAAUCAUCUGCAAAUGUUAUGUCUGCUUUGGACUUUAUCAAGAGUGACGACACGUCUGAUGUUGUGUUUGAGGAUGCCCCGUCUGUUCCGGGUGAGAAUGUUGUGGUUAGGUCUUCCGAGCAAAGGUUUGAGGGCACGGGUUAUGCUAGUGUUGCCAACGUUAAGGGUUUUACCAAGUCUAAUGCUCCCAAGUCUUCAACUCGCCGAUCUUCUCGUCGUUUGUUAAAAGCUGGUCCUCAAUCCACUUCUACUGAGCCAAUGGAUUUGAGUGAUGAUAUUGAAGUUUCGGAGGAUCAAGUUGAAGCAGGUGUUGAGAAGGACAAGGAGUUGGUUGUUCAUGGUAAGAAGGUUCAAGGCAAGAAGGUUGUCUCUACCCCUGUUCAGGAAUCUUCAAGCAGGGACGUUGAAGGGUUGAACCCUAAAGGUACUUAUGUGCCUGCCUGGUUAGUAAAGAAUGAUGACACCUUCAAGGAUGCUGCUGUUUGUGAGGAUGCUCUUAGUCAUCUUGCUCCUCCUUCUGUGCACAAAACCAUUGCUGAGAUGGAUGAUGACUUGAUGUUGUCUCUCAUGGUUUUAACCACCUGUAACCUUGCUGCUAUGCUUCCUCAAGGGAUUACUCGCUUUCGCCAAAGGAUGCAGGAAUAUGAGGACUUCUCCAAGAAGAAGGAUAAGAUGAAAUCCUCCCUAGCAUCAAUGAAGAAGGAAAUAGCUGGGUUUGCAGAGAAGGAAGCAGCGUGGCGGAAGGAGGUUAGUGAUUUGAAAAAGAUGCAUGAUAUUGAGAUGGGUGAUCUGAGGAAGAGCUUUGAGGCUAACUUGCUGAAGCUAAAGGCUGACCGAGAGGCCUUGGCUGUUCAGCAGCAGGCUUUUCGUGAAGAAAAGGAAGGGUUGAAAGCUUCGGUUGGCCAAGUUACUGCGGACAAUCAGUGGUUGAUUGAGCAUGGUUUCCAGCAGGUUGUCACUUACCUUUUACAUUCCAAGGAGUUUAACUCUGCCCUUGGUGAUGUUUACACUAAGCUUUUGAACCUGGGGAAACAUCAAGGCCUUACUGCUGGUUACAAGCUUCAUGAGUCUGGACAACCCUUGGAGAAAUCACCUAUGUUUCGCCCCGAGGCUUCUGAUAUCUUCAAAGCUUCUGUUGAGCAGAUGGAGAGGCUAACCUACCCCUACAUUCAUGAAGUUUCUUCCUGCUUUGGUAAGCCUUUAUCUGUUUUACAGGAUUUGAAGCCUGAGGGGUUGAAUGAGAAAGUGUGUGCUGAGGUUUUGGGUUCCCUGUCAAGGAAGAGGUCUUACUCUGGGGAUAGUGAUGAUACCCUCUCAAGUUUGCCUGAUGCUUCAAAAGAUGCUGGUUUAGAGACCUCUACGGUUGGUGGUGAUGAGGGUGCUAAGGCGAAGAAGACUAAGAAAGCCAAGAAGUCUAAGGCUGAAGGUUCCAAGCCUUCUGCUACCUGAUGUUUAUUCGUAGCUUUCUUAGCAAACACUUUAUG